UCCUCGGUCCUUGUCCUGCUAUUGUUGUGUGUCUUCGAGGGCGACCUCGACCUGAGAGCAGGCGGUGAUUCUUGGAUUUUUUCCAUGGUUUGUUUCGCCGCUUCUCCGCCGUUUAAGCAGCCUUUUCUCAGCCGGCGGUGUCUCCUCGUCUCUACAGGAACACCCGGGAUCCCAGCGGAGGACUUUGGGCUGGUGAAGUAGUAAAUCGGUAUGGGACAGACGGAAGACUGAGAGUCCACGUUAGAGAGAGUGUGCGUGCGUGCUUGCGUGUGAGUGAGUUAGUGAGUGAGUGAGAGAUAUUGCUUGAGUCGGCUGUUUUCACACGUAUCUGGAUUGCUGACGUGAAAUCAAGAAAGAAAAUCUUGCGGUGGAAGAAGAUCAGAGGGCGCAUGUAGCCGCAUUACUACACUGCUGAGGUCGCUUUGAAGGCUUGACGAUGGGUUGUGUCAGGAGUAAAGAGGAGAAGGGCCCAACGCCGAAGUAUCGACCCGACAACUCAAAUGCAACGCCAAUUAACGCCCACUUGGGCCACUAUGGGCCCGACCCCACUCUGAUGGGUCAUUCGCCAGCUAUGAAGACGCACAACAACAGCUACAACAGUAACGCUGUCUCCCUUACGCCCUUUGGUGGGGCAUCUUCAACCAUGACGCCCUUUGGUGGUGCCUCCACGUCCUUCAGCUCAGUGGCUGUGAGCAGUCCCUUCCCCGGUGUCAUCCCAGGUGGUGUAACAUUUUUCGUGGCACUGUACGACUAUGAAGCGAGGACAUCGGAUGAUCUGUCAUUUAAGAAAGGCGAUCGCUUCCAGAUUAUUAACAACACGGAAGGCGACUGGUGGGAGGCUCGUUCCAUCAACACAGGACAGAAAGGCUACAUCCCCAGUAACUACGUGGCUCCUGCCGACUCCAUACAGGCCGAGGAGUGGUACUUUGGCAAAAUGGGCCGCAAAGACGCGGAGCGUUUGCUACUGCUUCCUGGGAACCAGCGGGGAACCUUCUUGGCACGAGAGAGUGAGACGACCAAAGGUGCCUACUCACUUUCUAUCCGGGACUGGGACGAGGUGAAGGGAGACAAUGUCAAACACUACAAGAUCCGAAAGCUGGACAGUGGCGGUUAUUACAUCACCACUCGAGCCCAGUUCGAGGCGCUACAGAAGCUGGUGAAACAUUACACAGAACACGCAGACGGUCUGUGCUACAGGCUGACGACCGUGUGCCCGACAGUGAAGCCUCAGACUCAGGGACUUGCUAAAGAUGCCUGGGAAAUCCCACGGGACUCGCUGCGACUGGAGGUCAAAUUGGGUCAAGGCUGCUUCGGAGAGGUCUGGAUGGGCACGUGGAAUGGCACCACCAAGGUGGCGAUUAAGACACUCAAGCCCGGCACCAUGUCUCCAGAGGCUUUUCUACAGGAGGCUCAGAUCAUGAAGAAACUCCGGCACGAUAAGCUGGUGCCUCUCUACGCCGUGGUCUCUGAGGAACCCAUCUACAUCGUGACUGAGUUCAUGGGCAAAGGUAGUUUACUGGACUUCCUGAAGGAGGGAGAUGGUAGAUAUCUGAAACUGCCUCAGCUGGUGGACAUGGCUUCACAGAUUGCUGACGGCAUGGCGUUCAUUGAGAGGAUGAACUACAUCCACAGAGAUCUGAGAGCUGCCAACAUUCUGGUGGCUGACAACCUGGUGUGCAAGAUCGCAGACUUUGGCCUGGCUCGGCUCAUCGAGGACAACGAGUACACCGCCAGACAAGGUGCUAAAUUCCCCAUCAAGUGGACGGCUCCUGAAGCCGCUCUCUACGGCCGCUUUACCAUCAAAUCAGACGUCUGGUCAUUUGGUAUACUACUGACGGAGCUGGUGACGAAAGGCAGAGUGCCAUACCCAGGUAUGGUGAAUCGAGAGGUACUUGAGCAAGUAGAGAGAGGUUACCGCAUGCCCUGCCCUCAAGGCUGCCCCGAGUCUCUCCAUGACAUGAUGAAGCAGUUCUGGAAGAAGGAUCCAGAUGAGAGGCCCACGUUCGAGUACAUCCAGUCCUUUUUAGAAGACUACUUCACGGCCACAGAGCCGCAGUACCAGCCGGGGGACAACCUCUAGUCGGAUUCCGCGGCGAACACUUGUGCGACAGCAGAGCAAAUAAGAGAGGGUGGAAAAAGGCUGCCAGUGCUUUUGCUGGAGCUGCAGAGAGCGAGGUUUCACACACUAGUCCACGACCACACUGGCAUAACUUACACAUGCAAGGAAAAGAAAAAAAAUGUUCUGAAGUCGAGGUUUUGUCCCUUGUGAAUCUGGGGACCAAAUAUUUUGUGUCCAAGUGUGCAGAUUGGUGCUGUUACUUAAAGCUCUGGGAAUAAAACAUAUGGACAGGCCUCAACACUGUGAUCCGAAAAGAGAGGGAUUUUCUCCUUUUAAUUCAAAUAUACUUGCAGAUGCACAGUUUUUUACUUUUUAAACAAAUUAUAUAUUUGCAAUAUCUGCUCCAGUCUUCCCCCCUUUUAUUUUAUUUUAAUUCAUCGAGAUCCUUUUUUUAUAUGUACGUACAUGAGUUUGGUUUAAAGAUGUGUGUUGAUGACCAACAACUGUGGUUGAAUUGUGAUGCACGUGGCGUGACUGUAAAGAUUUGACAGAGAAGGGUAAGAAGCUGAAGAGAGGAGAGAAACAGCGUUGCUCUACGUGGAUGUGAGAAUGUAGUCGGACGGAACCGUGAUGUUCACGCGAGGUUUGUGGAGGAGGUGUAUUUUCAGCAGGUGCCAUCAGGCGGACGAAUGAGAAAAUCCAAAAGUGAUUUGCGUGAUUUUUUUUUAUUAUUAUUUUAACAUCGAUGUAUGUUGCUUUAUUUGUCUCACUGAAACAGGGAUUUGAAAUCAUAAAAAGGUGUAUUUUGAUAUAUCACCGAUGCAAAAAUGAUCUUGUUUAGUAUUUUAUAAUUGUCUUUUUGUUUUUUUUUUUUAAACGGACUCUUCAGCUGUGAAAAGAUCGAGUGGAUUUCUGUGUGGAAUCGACCUCUCGCUGUUAAAAGACUAACAUGCUUCUCAUUGUUGUCACUCUUGAAUGCAGCUGUUGUGUUUCUGUAACUUCCUGUCAGUAAAAUCCCACCAGCGUUGGACUAAAAAAACAACAACUCAAGUCUCCGUGUCUGCUGAUGGGGAAACGUUUUAUCCAAAACCAGCAGUGCAAAAAAAAAGAAAAAGAAUUUGCUUUCAUUUGUGAAUGCAACUAUGCAAAGCCUCCCAACGACGUUUACUGGAACAUCCCAAAUGGCAUUAGCCCGAUUAUUGAUCUGCGUUUAUUGUUUCCUCGUUUGUAUUUCCCAGCGGUGGAGACGAUGGAUCACUUCUGGAAGGAGGAAAAACAAAGUAGUAGCGGACAAAACAAAGCACCGUGCACACACUGUGAUCCAGAAGCUUUGGUGCUUUUAGUGAUCUACUCGUCCCUUUUGUCGAGGGACUUCCUCAAUCUGUUCAACGUGUGUGUGUGUGUGUGUGUGUGUGUGAUGAGACAUGUGAGAAGAUGCAGUUCAGCAAGGAGCGGACAAAACAAAGAUGUGAACAGUUUAUUUUGUCACUCACAAGAACCUAGUAUGUGAUUGUUCCUAAAGACGGGGAACUAUUGAACUAUUUCAAAAAAGUGAAAUUACUGAGAAUGAUAACUAAUAUGAUUUUUGUACAGGAGAAAAACAAAAAUAAAAGGUUUAAUCAAAGA